AUGCAUACAUUUAUUUCACAAAUCAAUAAAAAUAAUUUUCAGGGAACAAUAAAUAAAUUUAAAAGUAAUAACGACGAUAUGAAAAAUAAAAAAAAAGAUUUAGAAAGCGCAAUAAAAGAGAAAAUAAACAACAAUGGAAAUGGACAAAUAAACGGCAAUGGAGAUGGACAAAUAAACGGCAGUGGAGAUGGACAAAUAAACGGCAGUGGAGAUGGACAAAUAAACGGCAGUGGAGAUGGACAAAUAAAUGGCAAUGGGAAUAUACAAAUAAAUAACAAUGGAGAUGGACAAAUAAAUGGCAAUGGGAAUAUACAAAUAAAUAACAAUGGAGAUGGACAAAUAAAUAACAAUGGAGAUGGACAAAUAAACGGCAAUAGAAAUGGACGAACGAACGAACAAAUUUAUUUAAGCAAUGAAAUAAAAAAAAAAAAUUCCUGUAAGGCACAUUCUGAAAGAAAAAAGCACCACAACAGUAAACACAAAUUCUCAAAAAAUUACUUUAAAUGUAGGUCAGAAUCGUUUUCGAAAAAUGAAAAAAGUAUUAUACAUACAAUCUUCCAAAGUGAAAAAAUGGUGUUAAAAGAUGAAGCUAUAUUAUCAAAUAAACAUGAUAUAAAUAUGUCAAAUAUGGAUAAUUCAGAAGACACGUAUAAAUCUGAAUCCUACGAGAAAUUUUUCGAAAUAGAUAAUGAAGCAAAACAUGAAUUGUCAGAACAUGUUAGAAGAUUAGUAGGCUGUAGAAGUGAAUCAAAUCAAUAUGUUAGAGAUGCUGAAAAACGUUCUGAAACUGACAAAUACAGUGAUUUGUCCAAUAAAAAAAGAAAAAAAAAAAAAAGGUCAAUAAGAAAAAAAAAAUUAAAAAAAAGUAAAAUAACUGACCAUGAUGAGUAUGAUGAAGAUCAAAAUUUUAAUAAAUUGAAAACAUUUUAUAAAGGAGCGCAUGAUGUUACUACUCAUUAUAUAACAAAAAUGUUCAACAAGAAAAUAUCCUUUGAAAAAAAUAUGGUGGAAUAUGAUAACAUAUUGUCUAAACAUGGUGAAGAUCUCAUUAAAAAAUUUGACAUCUUCGAGGAAGAGGAAUCUCUUUGCUCCUCCGAGAUAGGGAAUGAUUUUGUGGAUAACAUAUGUGAGUACUUUACCUACCUUAUGUUCUUAACCUUAAAAACGUGA